AAUUCUCAACCACUCAUUUUGCACACCAACUAGUUUCUGCUCUGGAUGGAAGUUUCGGCCUUUCACUUACUGGUCUCACACCACCAACCAAAUCAAACAGUUCAAACACGUAAUGGCAAGACAGCUGAUAAUAUGGAUACGACUGAUAAUCUAGAUGCUUUGAUACAAACUGGUGCAAGCUGAUUUAGGAGUAAGGCAUGCAUGAGAACAUUUUAUAAAGAUUAAAAGUUAAUGAAGAUGAUAAGUUUGAAUGUAAACAUUGCAAGAAAUUACUUGGUGGAAAAUCAAGAAAAAAUGGAACGAAACACUUGCUCCAUCAUAUCGAAUAUAUGCCUUCGAUGCAAGCUUCAAAUUGCUAUAUUUGUUUAAGUCUUGAAUCAUUUUGUUGUUGAAUUGUGGAAUCAUUCUAUUGUGGUGUGAUGUUACUGCUUUGAAUUAUUUGAAAGAUAUAUAUAAGCAUUGAUGGAGGAAAGUAGUAGGCAAGUUGAAUUGUUUAUAUCAUUUUAAUUUUUUGAGAUUUGUUUAUUGUGGGAGUAGUUCAAACUAUUUUAUUUUAAUCAAACUUUUAAACUUAUUUUGUAAUUGUUAGUCAACUAAAGUAAAAACCAUUCAAUUAUUGUAUCUGUCCAUUUUUUUGAAGUUGCUGGACAACUGUAAUUUUGAAUAGUUUUCAAACAAAAGUCUAGGAUAUAAUCAUAUCAUACACAUAAAAGUCUAAAAACAUCUUUAACUAUAUUUUAAAAUUGAUAUUCAGACCAAGUUUUUGCACCAAUUAACAAGUUAUCACCGGUGAAAACCAUUGUUUACGGCGUAGUAGACUUUUGCCUUUCAAGCUCUCCCUCCCUUCUUUAGCCAUAAAUAAUACUCUGCUCUGGUGUGUUUCUCAAGAAAUCUGAAUGGCUCCCCCAAAAUCUAAAGUAAAACGAGUGUUGUUCCUAUGUUUCUCUCUUCUUCGGAUGUCCAUUGCGGACGAUGGUGCUUUCAUGUCAAAGCUAUCAAAAUCCCUAAGUCCUACCCUGUUAGGUUGGUCAGCGAGCAGCUCCUUUUGCACUUGGAAUGGUGUAAAAUGCGACAUAACCAACCGUGUAACAUCUAUCGACCUUGCUUAUAAGUCACUCGAUGGUACACUUCCUUCGAAUCUCAACUCACUUUCCAAACUCACCUCCCUGUUUCUCCAAUCCAAUUCUCUCUCCGGUCCAUUACCCUCACUCGCCAACCUCACCAUGCUUCAAACAAUUUCCCUUGGCGGGAACAACUUCUCCUCCAUCCCUGACGGUUGCUUCCAAGGACUAACCAGUCUCCAGAAACUCUCCAUGGCCAGCAACAUCAACCUCGCUCCAUGGAUGUUUCCCACCGAGUUGUCACAGUCUUCCAACCUCCUCUCACUUGACCUCGGAAGCACUAACCUUGUAGGUACCUUGCCGGAUAUAUUUAAUUCUUUAGUCAGUUUGCAGGACCUCAAUCUUUCAUAUAACAAACUAACCGGGGAUUUGCCUAAAGGUGUAUCAUUCGAUCUUGAUGGGACGAUUAAUAGCUUCUGUCAAAACACUUCUGGACCUUGUGAUCCACGCGUCACUACUUUGCUCCAUGUUGCCAAAGAUUUCGGGUAUCCACUUCAAUUGGCAGAUUCUUGGAAAGGGAACAAUCCUUGUCAAGAUUGGAGUUUCAUUGUGUGUUCAGCCGGGAACAUUAUUACAGUGAACUUAGCCAAGCAGAAAUUGGAGGGAACCAUUUCACCUGCAUUUGCAAAUUUAACUGAUUUGAGGAACUUGUAUUUGGGUGAUAACAAUUUGACAGGUUCAAUACCUCAGAGCUUGACAACUUUGCUGCAUCUUCAGGUUCUUGAUGUAUCUAACAACAAUCUAUCUGGAGAGAUUCCUCAAUUCUCAUCUAUGACGAUAUUCAUUUCAACCGGUAAUGUUUUGCUUCAACUUGGAAGUCUGUAUAAAAACACAACCGCUUCUGUGCCGUUGCUUAAAAACACAGCCGCUUCUUCUCCGUUGCUGGCUUGGAUUCUAGGUGAGUCUGGUGAUUUUUAUGUUUAUGAGGAUGAACAUCAUUGGUUUGGUGUAGGAGCUAUACUAUUUAUUGUGAUUAUUUGUAGAGGUAAGCGAUAUCUAAGCUUAGUAAAAACAAGGAUCUUCAAGACACCAAGAAUAUUUAUUGAUCACGAUAUUGAGGAUUUCAUAAAAAGAUAUAAUUUGUCAGUGCCGAAGCAGUAUAGUUAUGCAGAAGUGAAAAGGUUCACCAACUCAUUUCGAGAUAAAUUGGGUCAAGGAGGAUAUGGUGUUGUGUACAAAGCCAGUUUACCUGAUGGUCGUCAUGUUGCGGUGAAAGUGAUAAGCAAGUGUAAGGGAAAUGGAGAAGAAUUUAUAAAUGAAGUUGCAAGCCUAACUAAAACAUCACAUGUGAACAUUGUCUCACUUUUGGGUUUUGGUUAUGACAAGAACAAAAGAGCAUUGAUAUAUGAACUCAUGUCCAAUGGAUCAUUAGAUAAGUUCAUAUAUCGAAGUGGAUUUCCGAAUGCUAUUUGUGAUUUGGAUUGGAACACAUUGUUCCAAAUUGUACUUGGCAUUGCUCGAGGACUAGAGUACUUACAUCAAGGUUGUAUUUCAAGAAUUUUACAUCUUGAUAUCAAACCUCAAAAUAUUCUUUUAGAUGAAGAUUUUUGUCCAAAAAUAUCUGAUUUUGGUUUGGCUAAAAUAUGUCAAAAGAAAGAGAGUAUUGUGUCCAUGCUUGGGACAAGAGGAACUAUAGGCUACAUAGCACCAGAAGUAUUAAGUCGAGCAUUCGGUGGAGUUUCUUCUAAAUCUGAUGUAUACAGUUAUGGCAUGUUAAUUCUUGAAAUGACGGGAGGAAGAAAGAAUUAUGACACUGGAGGGUCUCAUACGACCGACAUGUACUUCCCAGAUUGGAUAUAUAAGGAUCUUGAGCAAGGUACUACUCAUUUAAAUCGUUCGACAAUCUCAGAAGAAGAAAAUGAUAUGGUGAAAAAGAUUACUAUGGUGAGUUUGUGGUGCAUUCAAACGAAUCCAUCGGACAGACCACCAAUGAGUAAAGUAAUAGAAAUGCUACAAGGACCACUUCAUUCAAUGUCUUAUCCUCCAAAGCCUGUCUUAUUUUCUCCAAAAGGGCCAUCGUUACAAUUGUCAGAUAUGUCUUCCAGUAAUUUUAACAACUCAAAUUCAAUUAUGAUAGAGUAGUGUAUAUUGUUGGUUCUUGAAUACAUCUUUGUAAGUCCUUUUGUAUCAACCAGUCUCUUUGAAAAUGCUGUUUUGCGUUUGUUAAUCAAUUAAAAAUUUA